CUUCCAUCUCUGUCCGCCUCGCCGCUCUGUACGCAUUUGCCCGAACACUCCACGCGCGCCGCCAGCCACCCUCGCCCUCCGCCGUGUCCUCCACUCACCACACCAGCGACCUCCCUCCCCGCCGCCUCGCCAUGCAGAAGGUGCGGCUCAAGUGGGUGAAGAACCGCGGGCUGGACCACAUCAUCGAUCGGACCACCUCCAUCCGCGCGUCCUGCCUCAUGCUCGACUACCUCGCCCGCCAGCCGUCGUCCCCGGUGCCGGCCCGCGCCCUCGCGCGCUUCCAGAAGCCGCUCGGCCUCACCGUCCCCGUGCUCCGCUUCCUCCGCCGCCACCCGACCCUCUUCGCCGAGCAGCCGCACCCGCGCUUCCCCACCCUCCCCGCCUUCUCCCUCACCUCCGCCUCCGACAUCCUCCUCGCCCGCCUCGCCCGCGCCUCCGCCGUCGACUCCCACCUCCGCCUCGCGCGCCUCCUCCUCCUCACCCGCUCCAGGUCGCUCCCGCUGGCCUCCAUCCUCCCGCUCCGCUUCGACCUCGGCCUGCCCUACGACUUCGCCUCCUCCUUCCCCUCCUCCCACCCCGACCUCUUCGCCGUCUCCAACAACCACAUCUCGCUCUCCACCUCCCGCCUCCCCGACGACAUCGCCAUAUCCUCCCUCCAGCGCCGCCACGCCGAGGCCAUCAUCGGGGCGACCUACCGCGACCUGUCCCGUCCGCCGUCCUCGUCGCAUGCCCCCCUCGCGUUUCCGAUGCGGUUCCCGCGUGGGUACGGAGGGAUGAAGAAGGUCAAGGCCUGGAUGGACGAUUUCCACCGCCUGCCUUACAUCUCCCCGUAUGAUGAUGCCUCAGGGAUCGACCCUGACAGCGACAUCUACGAGAAGAGGAACAUUGGUUUGCUGCAUGAGUUGCUCGGGCUGAUGGUGCACAAGAUGGUCCGGAGGAAUGCGAUCCGGUUGCUCCGCGAGGAGCUUGGCCUGCCUCACAAGUUCACGAGGUUGUUUACAAGGUAUCCUGGAGUGUUCUACCUGUCGUUGAAGUGCAAGACGACGACACUCGUGCUUCGCGAGGGGUACGAGAGGGGGAAGCUUGUGGAGAAGCACCCCCUCGCGGCGGUGAGGGACAAGGUACAAUAUGUGAUGCGCACUGGCGUGUUGUACCGUGGGAAGGGCUUGUCCAAGCUGGUUUUAGACGAGGAUGACGAUGAAGAGGAGGGUACACUGGAUGGAGAUCAGGAGUUUCAAGGAGAGGGGAUGGAUGAGGAUGCUGAUGUUGAGUGCUUUGGAAUGGAGAUUGUGGAUGACGACGGGCCUGGCAAUGAUGAUUAUGAUGACCGCGAUAGUUAUGAUUGACACUGGAUGGUGAUUUCUGCUUGCCGCAUGUUGCUGUUUUGAGAUGAUGGGCGGUGACUUCAGUCAGCUAAAGUGAUGCUGACUAUGGAGCCUUUGCAAUCUUGGCAACUUCUGUAGGACAAAUGAUUUGAGCUUGCCACGGUUAUUCUGAAGUCGCGUUCUUUCUUUCUUGUUAUCUUAAAAA